AUGUCGGCUGAUUCUGAUAUGGAAUAUUCGGACAAUGAUGGUGACGAAUAUGAUUACUACGGCGAAAUAGAUGAUUGCGAUAUGGAAACAGUCGACCAGAGCAAGACUGAUCCUGAAUAUUUCCUGUUUUCUUGUUUAAGGGUUGAAGAAGUUGAGAAACUCUUAAAUGAAUCCAUUGAACUUCUUAGUAACAACCUUCAAAUAACGCCUUCACUAGCUAAGGUGAUAUUGCACGCAUAUGAGUGGAAUGCGCAAGAAAUAAUAAAUAGAUAUAAGGAAAAUGCAAAUGAAGUUCUAAUCUUUAGUCGAGUAAAACCCUGUGUACCUACAGCACCAGGCACUUCUACUCGUACGCACUGUGCAGUGUGUGCUAAUAUGCCUCCUUUACAAAGCUUUAGUGCUUUGACUUGUGGACAUUCCUUUUGCAAUGAUUGUUGGUCAAUGCACUUUGAAGUACAAAUAAUGCAAGGAGUAUCUAACACAAUACAAUGCAUGGCCCAGGAAUGUGAAGUAAGAGCUCCUGAAGACUUUGUGCUAUCCCAUGUAACAAAACCAUCAUUGAGAGAACGUUAUCAGCAGUUUAUGUUUAAGGACCAUGUAAAAUCACACCCACAGUUAAGAUUUUGCCCAGGUCCAAAUUGUCAGUGGAUAUUUCGAGCUUGGGUGCGACAAGGUCCUCGUCGUGUGGAAUGCAAAGGUUGUGAAUUGUUGACAUGUUUCUCUUGUGGGGCACCACACCAUGCGCCAACUGACUGUGCAACUAUCCGUCUCUGGCUCACAAAAUGUGCUGAUGACUCCGAGACAGUGAAUUAUAUAAGUGCUAACACAAAGGAUUGCCCUAAAUGUCAAAUAUGCAUUGAAAAAAAUGGAGGCUGCAACCAUAUGCAGUGUGGAUCAUGUAGACAUGACUUUUGCUGGGUCUGUUUGGGUGAUUGGAAAUGUCACGGAUCUGAAUACUAUGAGUGCAGUCGUUAUAAGGAAGAUCCUAAUUUAGCUAGUGAUAGUCAGCAUGCACAGGCCAGAGAAGCACUAAAAAAAUAUCUACAUUACUAUGAGAGGUGGGAAAACCAUGCAAGAUCAUUAAAAUUAGAGGAGCAAACCUUGGCCAGCUUAAAAAGUCGCAUUAAUCAAAAGGUCAUGGCUGGAGAAGGCACUUGGAUAGAUUGGCAAUAUUUAUGGGACUCUGCUAAGUUGUUAAAGAGGUGCCGUUACACUCUACAAUAUACAUAUCCAUUUGCCUAUUAUAUGGACAAUGGACCGAGGAAAGAGCUCUUUGAAUAUCAACAGGCUCAAUUGGAAGCUGAAAUCGAAAAUCUCUCAUGGAAAGUUGAACGUGCUGAGACCACGGAUAGAGGCGAUUUAGAAAACCAAAUGGAUAUAGCUGAAAAGAGACGUACAACAUUGCUCAAGGACUUCCUAGAUAUACAUAUAAACAAUGCCUCUAGUAGCAAAAUAUAA